AUAUAUAUAUACAUACAUAUAUAUAUAUAUAUAUAUAUUCCAGAUUGCAUGCGUCUUUGAAGUUGGGUUCUUAUGAGAGAAAUGAGGAUUAGAGCUGUUUAUUAUAUUUCUCAAUUGGGAGUCUUGUUUGUGACUUUUGAGUAGCCAAAUCUCAGUUCUUGGUUUAUUUGAGCUUUCUCAGAAGAAAUUCAUUUCCAUUGCAUCAGUCUCAUCUAAGCCUGUCAAGAGACUCAAUAUAUCUUAUUACUUUCAUGCUCCAUUAGAUUGCUGAACAUCAUCUAUUGCUAGUACUGAACGUUACUUUCGAAAUUAUAUUCAGCUUGGACGCAAGACUCUGAAUGCGUGAAGCACUCAUACUAUAUUUACUGGAGUUCUAUAUAUUUACUUCUGUAUAUUUCUGUUACACUUCUUCCAAAACAGCAAAUUUCAAUGCAAUGGCAUUAUGUAAGUGAUUUCUUGCUUCAAAGUUGUAGCUUGGAUAUGAUGAUAUAAAGAUGUGUGAAGGCUUAGUCAAAUGCAUUCAUCAGGAUACCUAUGAUAAAUUGUUGACCACUUCAUGGAUCACAUUUCAAUUGCUUUGCCUGAUGGUUCCAGGUCCAGAAGAUAAUGUGGCCGAGUAUUAUCAACAGCAAGUCGAAAUGCUGGAGGGUUUUAGUGAAAUGGAUGCCUUAGCGAAGCGUGGUUUUAUACCUGGAAUGUCCAAGGAGGAGAGGGAAAAGUUGGCUAGAAGUGAGACAACUGCUAUUAGAAUAUCUAAUGUAGCGAACAUGAUUCUUUUUGCUGCUAAAGUUUAUGCAUCCAUCAGGAGUGGUUCGUUGGCCAUCAUUGCCUCCACAUUGGACUCACUUCUUGAUCUUCUGUCUGGUUUUAUACUUUGGUUUACGGCAUUCUCUAUGCAGACACCGAACCCAUAUCAAUACCCUAUUGGAAAGAAACGUAUGCAGCCUUUGGGAAUCCUUGUUUUUGCUUCUGUCAUGGCGACUCUAGGACUGCAGAUAAUCUUGGAGUCUAUGCGCACACUAAUAUCUGAUGAUGCUGAGUUUAAUUUGACCAGGGAACAAGAACAGUGGCUCAUUGGUAUUAUGCUUUCUGUGACAGUUGUAAAACUCUUCCUGGCAGUGUAUUGUCGCACUUUCACCAACGAAAUAGUCAAAGCUUAUGCUCAGGAUCAUUUUUUUGAUGUUAUCACCAAUGUUAUUGGCCUCAUUGCUGCAUUACUUGCGAAUUAUAUCAGUGAUUGGAUGGAUCCUGUUGGAGCUAUCAUUUUGGCCUUGUACACCAUUCGCACGUGGUCAUUAACUGUGUUGGAGAAUGUCAACUCCCUUGUUGGAAGAUCAGCUGCACCAGAAUUCUUACAGAAGCUCACAUACCUCUGUUGGAACCACCACGAAGCCAUAAGGCACAUAGACACUGUCCGAGCUUACACCUUUGGUUCUCACUACUUUGUUGAAGUCGAUAUUGUCCUGCCUGCUAAUAUGCCUUUGCAAGAGGCUCACGACAUUGGGGAAUCCUUGCAGGAGAAGCUUGAGCACCUCCCAGAAAUUGAGCGUGCUUUUGUUCAUCUUGAUUACGAGUAUAGUCACAAACCUGAGCAUGCACAGGCACAUCUUUAGUCACAUGAUACUCUCUAUAAUUUCUCGUGACUUAUCAUAUGUUUGACUAUUUGUUUUAACCUGUAAGUUUUCCACAUAAUGUUUUUGCAAAUGAGUCAAUCUUAUUGAUGGCUUUAGACGGGCCAAAAUGGUUUUCAACAUACUCCCGUCUUCCUCCCAGUUGUUGCAGUCCUGCACGGGGAUUAUGCCUGCAUAGACUCGUGCUCUAGAAUUUUUUUUGUCUCGUGGUUUUAUUUUGUUGGCAUACAAUUUUAUCGAGACCAUGUGAAUGUGAC